AUGCAGCCUAGUAGGGCAGCUCCUUCUUCAUCUUCCACAGUCGCCGCGUCGGACCGCGAGCCAUCCCCUGAACGACCGACGCAAGACGGGUCCAAACAAGCUUCGCGACGUCAUGAUGAGGCCGACGAGGAAGCGGCCGACGAAGAAGGAGGUGGGAAACCUGUCGACGAUGAGGAAGCGAAACGGGACAAAGAUGGAGUUCGAAUGGAAGAUGGUGUACCUAUGGUCGGCUUGACUGGGCUCGACGAUCCCUUCUCGUGAGUGGUCGCAGCGUCGCGACUGGCCCGAGCUUGACCGAUCGCGGACGGUCCGGAUUCGCCAGCGAUGGGGCAGCGACGCGAGACUAAUGAUGGCCCCUCUGUUGUAAUGGAUGUAACAGACCACUACGGAUGAGUAACGCACGGAAAUGGGUCAUACUUCUUGUCGUCUCUUCGGCAGCGUUCUGCGUGACAUGCUGCUCAAGUAUGGUCAGCUUGACGUACGACGGCACGGCUCGCGAGUUCGGCGAGACUUCGCUUAUCGUCAUGACGCUCGGAAUCUCUCUUUUCGUCCUUGGACUAGGCAUCAUCCCUCGUAAGUUUCAAUAUCAAAAAAAAAACGCUAGUCAAAUUCACGAAGGCUGACGAAGAGAGGCUCUCCGCACUCGCUCUCCGAUCAUUGCAGUGCUCCUCGGACCACUAUCCGAGCAUAUCGGCCGAAGGCCCAUCUAUCUCGUCUCGUACGGCGUCUUUAUUGCCUUCAACUUCCAAGUUGCUUUCGCCCACAAUCUUGCGACAUGGCUUAUCGGGCGCUUCUUCUGCGGCAUGUUCGCCAGUCCGUUCCUAUCUGUCGCCGGAGGAUCCGUUACCGAUCUGUGGGCUCCUGACCAGGUUGCAAGUCCCAUGGCUUUCUACACGGCCUCGCCUUUUCUUGGACCCGUCAUCGGGCCCAUCAUCUCCGGAGUAAUCAACCAGCACCUCGACUGGCGAUGGACAUGGUACAUCCUCAUCAUGUGGAGUGCUGUCGAGUUCGCGGCCCUCUUCCUCCUCGUGCCCGAGACAUACCUCCCCGCAUUGCUGAAGAAGAAAGCCAAGCACCUACGCCAACAAGGACGCUCCGACGUCCGAGCACCGAUCGAGUUGGAUGAGCGAACUCCCCUUCAAGUCGUAGCAACAAGCUGCCUGCGCCCCUUGCAGAUCUUGAUCUACGAGCCGAUGGCAUUGGCGCUAUGCACUUGGACCGCUUUGCUCCUUGGAAUUCUCUACAUGGCGUUCUCGGCUUGGCCGAUCGUUUAUAGGGAUCACCACGGUUUCUCAACACAAGAGACCGGAUUCUCGUUUACCGGCAUCGGCGUCGGUAUCGUCAUUGGAACUCUUAUGCAACCCGUCUGGGCCAUCUACUAUGGUCGGAUAACAAAAGAGACAGGAGAGCGACCACCCCCCGAAGAACACCUGCGCAAGGGGUGCUGGGGCGCGGUCCUCGUCCCCGUCUCGCUCUUUUGGUUCGCUUUCACCUCGUAUGCCUCGGUGCACUGGGCCGUCUCCCAAGUCUCGACCAUCUUCUUCGGUAUCGGCAUCAUCCUCUCCUAUCAAGCUGUGUUCGUCUAUCUCGUCGAUGCGUUCCGUCCCGUCGCUGCUUCCGCCAUGGCGGCCAAUUCGGCGAUGCGAUCCAGUUUCGCUUGCGUUUUUCCUCUGUUCACUCAAGCCAUGUUCAAGAAGCUCGGAACGGCCGGAGCACUUGCCCUCAUUGCAGGAUUGACGUGCUGUAUCCUCCCAUUUCCCUUCUUGGUCGGUCCGGUCGAAACCUUUUUUCCUCGCAUUGCGACAGGGGUGCUGACUUUUCAUAGCUUUACCCUGUAAACUUUGCAGUUCUUCAAGUAUGGGCACAAGUACCGCAAGUCGUCAAGAUUUGCAAACAAGGAACGGUGA